AUGCCCGGAAAUGACGAUUGCUGUUAUGCAUGUAAUGAAUGCACAAAAUCUUUUCCGAGUCUUGAUCAAUUAGAAAGUCACAUUCAACAACAACAUCAUGCUGAAAAUGCUUCAAAAAAUAAUAAUAAUGAUAUAUCACUAGAACAAAUGGAUACAUCACUUUCUAAUUUGAUUGAAAACCAAUCAACAAACUCACCUAGUAGUUCAGAAGCUUCUGAAGAACAAAAUGAAAAUGGAAUACAAAAAAAUAACACAUAUACUUGUAGAUUUUGUCCUAAAGUUUUUCAUGAUCGUGGACAAUUAAAUAUUCAUUAUACUCAUACACAUCGUGAUAAACCACAAUAUGUUUGUGAAACAUGCCACAUGGUAUUUGGAGUUAAAAGAGAAUUAAGUACUCAUAUGAGAAUACAUUCUGGAGAACAACCACAUAAAUGUACUCAAUGUGGUAAAGAAUUUGGUACAAGACAAUUGUUAAAAAAACAUUGGAUGUGGCACACAGGAGAACGUUCACAUGUUUGCCCACAUUGUAAAAAAGCAUUUUUUCAGAAAGGACAUCUUACACAACAUCUUAUGAUUCAUGCUGGUGGACGCCCACAUCAAUGUCAAUUAUGUCAAAAAACAUUUAUCUUCAAAUUUGAUCUCAAUCGUCAUAUGAAGAUUCACGCUGAACGAGGUUUCAAUUGUCAAAAAUGUGGUAGAUCAUUCCAAAAACAAAGUCAACAAACAGAACACGAAUUAAAAUGUAAAGGAUCAACAAAUAAUUCCUCACAACAAUCUAAUGGUGGUGGAAAAUUAAAAAGUCAUAAUCCAUCAAACAAUAUUUCUACAAUAAAAGAAUCUAUUACAAAUUCAUUCCGUCUUUCGCAAAGUCCUUCUAUUCAAAAUAAUAGUAAUAAUGUAAAUUCAUUAAAUUUCAAUCUUAAUAAUUUCUUACAAUCAGCUGCUGCCAAUACAAAUAGUUUGUCCCAACAAACCACAAAUAAUCCAAUGAAUUUAUCAUUACCUACACCAACAAAUCCAUUAGAUGCAUUGGCUAAUUUAAAACAAACUAUUUUACCAAAUCAAAAUAAUAUGUUUGCAUCUUUAUUAUUAUCACAAUUAGGAGGAACACCACAACGCAAUAAUUCAUUAUUGGCAGCUAAUUCCAUUUCUUGCCCACGCUGUUCUCAAACAUUUAAUGAUACUACAUCUUUAGCCGUUCAUUUUGCUUUAAAUCAUUUAAGUAAUAAUAAUUUACCAACAAUUAAUAUUGAUGAUCCAUCAAAACUUCAAAGUUUAAUGGUUACCUCACCAAAUACUGUUGGACCACUUAAUCAAAUAAAAUUAGAUGAACAUUCAGAUUCAUCAUGUGCAUCAUCACCACAAAAAGCAUCACCUGUUUCUGAUAAUUAUUCAACAAAUUCAUCUAAUGCUUCUGAUGCUCAAGAUGAUACUGAUUCAUAUAGAAUGAAAUAUGAAGAAAUGGUAUCAAGAUAUACAGCUCUUCAACAAAAAUUUGACAAUUUAGUAGAAGUUUUUCAAACAAUUAAUGGUGAAAAUAAUUCAUCAACAACAAAUAAUAAACCUACUUUACCUUUAACACCAUCAACAUUAGGAAUGUUUGACAUAACAAAAUUUUUUGGUAUGCAAACAGAUGUUUAA